GAUUGGAAAUAACACAAAGUAAUCAAAAAAGUAGGCUCCUAUACUGAAUCUGUUUGAGUUUCUGAAUCUCUAGGAUGUCAUUCCUGGGCUGUACAGCUCUGGUUUUAUGCUGGGUAUAUUGUACUGCAGAAAGAGCUUGCAAUGAACCUCCACCUAGGAGGAUUAAAGAAGUGCCUACUGAAAGAUGGGACAAACCUCCCUAUCCACAUGGUACUAAAGUAACAUACAGAUGUCGACCUGGAUAUAUAAAACUUGGACGAAUUGAAUUUGAGUGUGGUGAUGGAGAAUGGAAGCAACUCCCCCCAGCGACAGAAUGCAGAAAUAAGCCCUGUGGACAUCCUGGAGAUAUUGAGUUUGGUUCCUUUGAACUUACCAGUGGAAGUGAAUUUGUGUUUGGUGCCAGAGUGGAGUACAGAUGUAAUGAUGGGUACUGGAUGCUCAGCCAGAGAAAUUACCGUGAGUGUCAGGCAGAUGGAUGGAGCAAUGACAUUCCUCACUGUGAAGUGGCGAAGUGUUUACCUGCACAAGCACCAGAAAAUGGAAGAAUAAUUACAACUGGUGCAUUUGAGGUCGGCCAAGAAUUUUCCUUUGGCCAGGUUGUAAAAUUUGAGUGUAAUGCAAAAUACAGGCUUGUUGGAUCUAAAGAAAUCAUUUGCUCUUCUAAUGGAAAAUGGAAUAGUGAUGUGCCUCAGUGCCAAGAAAUUAUCUGUGAUGUGCCAAAAAUUCUGCAUGGAUAUGUACGGUCUCCAAAGGCGUCUUACAAGGAAACUGAACAGCUACGGUUUGCCUGUGAUAAAGGAUACAGAUACGGUGAAAGAGCAGAUGCACGAUGUACAGCAUCAGGAUGGAAUCCAACCCCCUAUUGCACUGAAAUUACAUGCUCUCCCCCAAGAAUUCCAAAUGGGGACUUUAGACCUCAAGGAGACAACUACAAAGAAGGUGAUAUAAUCACAAUACAGUGUAAUCCUGGAUAUCAUUUUAAAACAUUGACCGGCAGCAGCACAGCUGAAUGCACCAGGAAUGGCUGGGUGCCUGAUCCAGGCUGUGUCCAGAAACCAUGUGACUACCCUGCUAUAGAAAAUGGCAGGUUAACUGGCUCACUGGAGUACUACAGAAGCUAUUACUUUCCAAUGAGUUUUGGGCAGCAUGCUGAUUACCACUGCAAUACUGGUUAUUCAACUCCGAGUGGAAGAUACUGGGUCCGGAUGGUCUGUUCUGAAAGAGGCUGGUAUCCAGAGCCAAAAUGCCUCAAAACAUGUCAAGCCAGACACCUGGAAAAUGGUUAUUUCUCAAGUAGCCAAAACAUUCACAAGGAAGGUGAAAGAGUUAAAUAUAUCUGCAGUGAUGACUAUCAGACUGAACAUGAAGAUGGGGAAGUCACAUGCACGAAGGAUGGCUGGUCACCUCGUCCAAGAUGUAUCCGUAAAAAAAAAUGCCAGACCACCUAUUUUGACAAUGGCUAUUUCUCCUCGCAAAAGAGAGAAUAUAAUAUACGGGAGAAAGUCAAUUACCGCUGUCACACUGGCUUUGUAGCUCCAGAAUUACGAGAAACAGGAGUGACAGAGUGUGGAGAGAAUGGCUGGAAACCAGCUCCAAAGUGCAGCAAGUCAUGUAAAGCACCUCAUGUGGACAUUUUGAAUUACCACGCAGAUAAAACUGUGUUCAUGCCUGAAGAUAUAAUUGAGUAUGCAUGUUGGGAGGGAUAUCAACCUGCAAAAAAUAUGCCAAUUGGUACCACAAGGUGUGGCAUAAAUGGUGAAUGGAAUCCAGAGCCCCAGUGUCAGGCAAUUGAAUGUGAAAUGCUGACAUUGCCCAAUGGAGACUUUUCUCCCAAGAAGGGUAAAUACCACAAUGGAGAUGUUGUGAAAUUUACUUGUACAAACAAUUACGUGAGAGUGGGACCUGCCUCUACUCAGUGCUAUUACUUUGGAUGGUUUCCAUCACCACCUGUGUGUAAAGUGAAUGCCAAAGGCUGUGGACCUCCACCUGAGAUUACCAAUGGAAGUAUUGCUGAUGCCUCUGUGAAACGGUCUCAUCAUGGGGACAGAAAGACAUAUCAAUGCAACACUGAACUGAAAUUGGUUGGAUCAAAGGAAAUAGAAUGUGUUGACGGACAGUGGUCAUCUCCUCCCUCUUGCAUUGAAGACAAAACUCCAUGUGGAUCUCCUUCCUCUAUUCCAAAUGUUGUUCUUCAUCAGGAAGACCAGACACAGUUUUCCCAUGGUGAUGAAGUAAUGUGUGGAUGUAAAGAAGGCACUGGCAAUUCUGAGGAGAUGAAAAUAAAAUGUCUUAAUGGGGAAUGGAAGCCUUUACCGCUUUGUGUUGAUCCAUCCCCUCAGUGUGUUCUUCCAAUGGGUGUUGAGCUUCACAAGUCAAAAAAAGAGCCCAGGUUCCCUGGAGUUAUACGUUAUGCAUGCACAACAGGUGACAGAAAGAUUAAAAAUGCAGCUUGCGUGUCUGGAAGAUGGUUACCAGAGAUUGAAUGUACAGCUGAGGAGAGCACAUGCCCACCUCCACCUCAGCUGCCUCAUGCUCAAGAGACAACCAUUGGAAGAAACUACAAGAAUGGGAGUAAAGUAGCUUUUUCGUGUCUGAAGAGUUUCCAGCUCAUUGGCAUGAAUGAAAUAACAUGUAUAGAAGGGAAAUGGCAAUCACCACCUCACUGUGUGGAAAGACCCUGUUUGCCACCACAACCCAUAGAAUGUGCUGAUGAUCCCAGGCUGGAAAAUCAAAACUUAAAAAUUAAAAAAGAAGGGAAAACAAUUUAUCUGGCUGGUGCCAGACUUAAGUACACUGCACGUCCUGGAUACAAGUUAGACGGACCAUCGGAGAUAACAUGUUCUAUGGGAAGCUGGACUUCAGCUCCUACGUGCUUGGAAAUGCCAUGUGGAAGUGUUCCAAAAGUUGCCAAUGCUCAAGCAGAAGGCAGAAACAAGGAAGUUUAUGAGCCUGGUGAAACAAUCCGCUACCAGUGUGAUGUGGGGUUCCUGAUUGUUGGCCCCCCCGAAAUUAUUUGCAGAGAAGGAAAUUGGACAGCACUGCCCAUUUGUGAAGAUGUUACGUGUGGUUCUGCACCUGAAAUUCCUCAUGCACACAUCACAAGCACUCAACAGGAGAGGUAUCUGCCCGGUGCCAGAGUGCACUUUGAAUGCGAAAGCAAUUUUCAGAUGACGAGUGGAAAUUAUGUCACGUGUACAAACGGAGAAUGGUCACAAGCACCGACUUGCAGAGAUGUGACGUGUAAACCUCCUCCUGAAAUCGCUGGCGGGAAAGUUCAAGGUGUUAAGAAGUCGAGGUACUUGCCUGGGGAGAGCGCUCGCUACCAGUGCUGGCGAGGUUUUGACAUGAGCGGGCCGCCCACCACAGCGUGUCAGAACGGGACCUGGACAGAGCUGCCAACGUGCACAGGGAAAAGUGGGAAAUGUGGCCCGCCUCCGGUUAUUGAAAAUGGAGACCUUCUGUCCUUCCCCAUGCAAGAAUACCCAGAGGGUGCAAUUCUGGAAUACAAAUGCCCAGACUUCUACGUCCUGGAAGGAUCUCCGUCUAUCACCUGCACUGAUGGGCAGUGGACAAGCCCCCCAGUUUGCCUAGUGGCCUGUACAGCAUCUGAAGAAGACAUGGGCAGAAACAAUAUUGAGCUGAAAUGGACCAGGGGAAGAAAGCUGUAUUCCAGAUCGGGUGACUUUAUUGAAUUUCGGUGUAAAAGAGGCCAUAUGGAGGACCCAGCCUCUUCCCCAUUCAGAGUAGAGUGUUUGGAGGGGACAUUAGAAUAUCCCCGGUGCAAGCCAGCAAAGGACUGUAGACUGAAUGAGAGAUUGAUGGAAAUGAACCACAUUCGGCUGCAGUCAUCAAGCUGGUCAAGCCCCUCCACCUUUGUCACUGGGGAGUAUAUUUUGUUUGAAUGCAAAUGGUGGUACCAGCAAGAUUCACACCCUGAGAAAUUUAGAGCAGUGUGCCGGGAUGGAGUUAUCGCAUAUCCUACGUGUAAAUAUGCAGGGCCUUUUGGAUGAAUGAAAGUGGCACAAAGGAUUCCAACUCUGGCAAUGAAAGAUCUCCACCAACCUUGUGAUUUGAGCUUAACUUUUCCUUGCAAUUCCCAUUGUCUUGUGUUUUCUUUGCAGCUUAAGCAAUGUUCCGUCUCGGAAUUUGUUAUGGUUUUUAUGAUCGGAUGAUUGCGUUUACAUUUUAUUCACAUUUUAUCCUUUUUAUGUAAAUGUAUUUACAUUGUGCCUAUCCAAAUGGUUGUGUUUGCAUUUUAUCCAGUCUGUAUUGAUCUCAUUGUUAGUUUUAUUAACCAUUGUGUCCUGAAAUAGGCUGACUUUGGUGGAAUAUGGAGACAGGAAUUCUUCAAUAUUCCUGUGGAGUAUUAAUACAGUCUGAUUUCUCUGCGAGGAAAAAAAGAAAUACCUUUGCUGUUUCCUUCGCUGGAUGCUAAUGGAUAUUUUGAAACAGCUAAAUCUCUGCUUUGAGAGUCCCAUAACCAAAUAUCUGAACAUAUUUUCUUAGAGAGUUAUGUGAAGAUAGCAAAGUUGACCUGACUUUCGGAGCACAGACAGGUCUUUUGUUGUAGGGAUCUGGAGAGUAGGGAGUCCUUCAGCUUAAGAGCAGAUAAAUUAACACUGAAUGUCCUUUAGAACAAUUUGCUCCAAAGUGGGGAAAAGGCACCGUUUGGCUUUGAAAUUUGACUCAAUGAGUUGCAGGAAGAAAAUAUUUAGAACUUCUAUUUAUAAUAAUUUUUUGCCAAAGCCAAAGAAAAUGAUUUGACAUUGGUGAUUUCACUUGGUCUGCAUGUGAGAGGGUUACAUGUCACAUAUGGUGCUGAUGGGGGAGAUCAGGUGCUCCACAGUGCAGAGCUGUUCACAGCGGCACCCUCCUUCAUUCACCUUUGGUGUAUUGCAGUACAUUGUAGUUUGUAUGUGUCUAUUUAAGUGUAUUUCUGGAUUAUAUUUAGUUUUAACAACAAAGAUAACACACGAGCAGACAAGAAAGUGACAAAUCUGAUGCUUCUAAUGUAAACACUUCAUGAGCCACAUUACGAGGUAAAAGAUACUGUCUCUCUAAUCACACCUGACAGGAAGUUGAUAAAAAAAAUCAAAAUUGUGAGGAAGAGUAUUUGAAAUAGAGAUUUGAUCCAUUGCUGUUAAUGACGAAUGUCCUACCCUGGCUAAAGCCAAAGAACAGAGCUGAUGACCUGGUGGAAAUACAAGAAAAUUGUUUGCAGUGUUAGUAACAGAAUGAGAAGAAAUCUUGACAGUAUGAACAUAAACAAUAUUAACCAUUAUUAUGAAUACAGAUAAUGCGGUGAGAAACAGAAUAGUGAUCAGCCAACUAACCUGUACUGAAAAGGCCAAGCAAAAAAAAAAAAAAUCAUGAAAUCCAAGUUGUACAAAUGAGAAGACUCUUUUGAGCACCUCCUAUACUGCUUCACUGAAGGGAUGUUGCUGGGAGUCCUGACACUUUUAAAACAAGUCUUACUGCCUUGGAAGGAGAGCAGGGCACUGCCCCACUGCCAUCUCAUUGCAUCUCCUUUUUGUUGUGAGUCAUUCAGCUGCAACUCUGUUUUCUUGAGAAUACCAGUGACAGCACAUCAGCCAAUGUAAAAUCCCUGUGAAGUUAUGAAGUUAGAAACAAAGAAACAUAAGAGCCAAGUACAUCACCACCAUCUUUUUUCCCCCUCUUUCCUUGCCUCUAUCAAAAAGAUACAGUGGAAUUACUUUCUUUGGUUGUGACCAUAAACUUUCUGGUAAACAAGGAUGUGUUUUUCUCACUGCAAGGAUAGUGUUCAGAUGAGUAGUUUCCCUACUAUCACUGAAUUAAAAGUUCAGUCCUUUAUUCGGUGUCACAGUUCAGUAUUUAUUUUGUGGGUGCGAGUGUACAUGUGAGAAAUUAAUAAGGAACUUGAUACUUUAAUAUGCAAAGCAGAAUUAAAGAAAAUUAAGGUAAUGUUAUGGCUUUACUCAGACUAUUGAGAAAUACCAGUUUCAGGAUGCAGGGUCUCAAGAACAGUUUGAUUUCUAAACACAGUAUUUCUUUUCUAAAACGGUAAGGGCAGGGUUCUGGCUGCAAUGACACCGAUGUAGUUCUUGGUGUGAAUACACACAGUGUGACCAUGACAAAAUAUCUUGGAUCCAUGCUGUGGUUUCCAGUCUACAAAAUAUAUAAAGCUUACUUGUGCCCAAGAGCCGUCUUCUGUUAUUAGAAAAAUAAAGGAGUUGCUUUAUAGUAAUCUUAUCAAAAAGAGAAAUAGUGCUUUGUUAUGGUUAAUCACUUGCAGACAGCAAGUGAGAGUCCAGCAGAAAUUUGCUUCUACUGCUGAUUAUCUCAGUCUAAAUUUCAGUAGCAAAUGAACCCAUAGAUUACACAGAUCUUUGACAUUUUUGCACUCAAUUAACCAAUGUGAGCAGCCAAAGCAAAUGGUUCAGUCACAUAAACAAAGGCUAUUCUCAUUCACAUCUGCUGUCUGGUAAUUUUCAGAGAUAGCAUGUGAAAUAUUCCAAGCAACCUCAUGUAUCCUUUGAGGAAAAUGCAGGAAGAGUUAUGAAUCUAGUUAUCAGUGGAACCCCUUUUUGUUGUUACCAGAUGGCUGGUUAUUACCUGUGAAAUAGGAAGAAGUAGACCACACCACCUAAAUGUACAGCCAUUGAUUUUCUUUCACUCUAGAGAAUGGUUUGUAUUUUAUAAUGUAAUAAAAAAUGGCAUUGGGAAACACUGA